AUGUCUGAUAUCCCCCCAGAGUGGUCCUCCUGCUGGGAUCACGUGUUCCACCGCUUGAAUAAAUUCCAUCCUCUUCCCGAGAUCCCAGCUGACUGGGCCUUGCACACCGUUAAUUUGGCAAGCGAGUGGGUGGAGCAGCAGUAUAUGGCCCAUCUUGCUGGUAGACCUCUCAUUCCCCCACCUCCCGAGCUUGAUGUUCCCACCAUCCUUGCAUGCAGCCAGCUCGCAUUCCUCCUGGCUGAGGCCUACCGGAAUCCAAGUAUGAAUGACACGCACGAAAGAUCGCUCUUGGCUAGAUUCCCUCCUGCUGAGAGAAUGCUCUUGACCCAUCCUUCGGUUGUAUUGGAUUCUGGCUACAGGAUCAUUAUCUGGUACAUCCCGGAGGCACUGCAUGGCUACAUCCAGAGUGAUAUGUACACCGCCACUCUCAGAAUGAGUCACCACCUGCGAAAGAGUGUUACCCGCGGAGCUGGUCAGUGGAGAACCAAUGGUGCCAACUUCCAUGCCACCAACGGUGCUGAUGUUACCCCCGGGUGCAUCAAUAUAGCUCCGUGCUGGUUCCAACAAGGCCGAGAGUGCCAGGGUACACCUCCUGAGAAUACCCGGGAUGGGUUCAUGCCGGAGGUCUCAGCUACCCUGAAGGGUGAAAGGGGCAUGUCGAUGAUUUUUGAAAUGCAGAGACCUGGACUGUUGGCUUCAGCUGCCAUGCGUGUCAUGCCCACAGCAAUACUGGGCUUCCGUCUGAACCCACAUCAAACUCAGUCAUUGGGCCGCUUCUUAGGGGUUGGAAGACAUGUACCAAAACCUCAAGCAUUGGGCGUCCAUCUACACCGGAGUCGCAGAUUUGAUAUCCUGACGAGCAUCGGGAGUUAUCGGCAAGCCGUGAUGCAUUUGAUCAACCUCGGAAUCGAUAUAGCAUAUGAUCCCGGCGUCAUGGUGGGCUACUCGGGACGACUCAUUAGACACGGGGUUCGGGUGGAUGAGGGCGACAGGAUCGUUUGGGCCUGGUUUGUCCGUGACAGCGUCCACAACUAUGCCCGAACCCCACGCCUGGAAUAUGCCAAGUACAACCCGCUUGACCUUGCCAUGUAUGAGCAUGUUAAGUACAAUCAGGCUGACUUCGUUAGGUAUGGCACACUUGGACUGACAUGUCCGGCCUGA